AUGGCUAUUCCUCACUGGCUUCUCAUGUCUGCACUCUUCCUGCUGCCCCUCUUGGCACGGAUUUUGGCACAGGAGCCAGGAUGUUCUGUCAGUAACAGCAACCCCAGUGUUCCUGAAAAUAAGUGUCCUCUUGUGGUGGCUACCAUCCACGUGCAGCCAGGUUUCACCCUAACAAUUGAUCCCAGUUACCCUGAUGGCCAAUUCUUCACCAUUGAGGGUUCUGAGCUGCAGCUGACAAAGUGUGUGGACUAUGAGGAAGACCCCCUGCUGCUGCUGUCUCUGACCUGCCAGGACCCUGCUGGUCAGAGCGAUUCCUUGCAAAUCCUAGUCACCAUUCUGAACGAGAACGACAACUCCCCCGUGUUUCCACAGCCAAACGUCACCAGGCAAAUCCCAGAGGAUGCAGAAGUGGACACAGUCAUUGUAGCCCGUGAAGAAGUAACUGCUGCUGAUGCUGACCUGGACACCAUCUACUAUGAACUCACCACUACAGUGCAGAACACAGACGGUUAUUUUGCCAUAAGAGGAGUUAAUAACCCGGAAAUUUAUUUACAAACAGCAUUGGACUAUGACAAAUUUAAUUCGACAACAUUGCUCUUGUAUGCGAGGGACAGGCCCGUGACCAGCCCUGAGCCCAACGGAACCAACACGGCCACUGCAACAAUAACCAUCACCAUCAAGCAGAGUGACACCCGGGCACCCUGGUUCCUGCCCUGCACCCAGCUCCACAACGACAGCAGCGUCUGCAUCAGCAGCCCCUACUCUGGCAGGGUCAACAUCUCCGAGAUGUCGACAGACCCGCUCGUCCUGGAGCCAGGACCCAUCUAUGCUGUCGACCCUGACUACACCAUCAGUGACAGGAUCAUGUACAGGAUUGUUGGGGGGAAUACAAAUGAAGUGUUCUCAGUGGAUGCAGACACAGGGAAUCUAACCAUGAACAAAAUAGUGACUUCCCCAGAUUCCUUUCUGUUGCAAGUUAUGGCCACCCAGGUCAGCAAUGUAAGGAAAUACUCUGUAGCCACUGUGGAGAUCAAGGUCAUCACUAAAAGCAACUUUCCACCCUACUUUGAGAAGGGGGUCUACAACGGGACAGUGUUUGUUGGGCUGCCCCAAAGAAGCUUCGUCUACCAAGCUGGAGAUCCUUCCACCCCCCUGGUGAUAACAGCAAUGGAUCAGGAUUUCCCUGAUAAAGUCAACCCCAACAUCGAGUACUAUCUCAAAAACAGCACCGAUUUCAUCGCUACCAGGGAUGGGCUCAUCCUGACCAACAAGGUGCUGGAGUCCCCAGGAACUGUGACCAUCCAGGCUGUUGGAAAAGAUGUGUUGAGCCUGCAGGAGGCAAGCACCAUAAUUGUGGUGGAGGUCAUCCUUGCCACAGCUGUAACCCCCUCUGACAAGAUGUACUCUGCUCAGGACAUGGCCAUCUUAGGGGGCACAUUAGCAGCCCUGCUGUUAAUUGCCUUGGUCUUCCUUGGAGUGCUGAUAUGGAAAUCCAGUAGAUGGCACAGAAAACCUUUCAAAUACCUGGUGAAGGAAAAGCCUUCCAAGGACAUCCCUGAGGGUCACCAGAACAACUAUUACCAGGAAGAUGAACAGCCAUAUGUGAGCACUAAGCAGCGUGAGACAUCAGAAAGCAGCAGUGUCCAGACAGAGAGUCCUGUGCCAGAGCUGCCAGCACUUGCCUCACACUUCUCCAGUGCAGAGGAAACAGAGAGUCUCCCAAAGGGCUCCAUAGCUUCCACUGUCAUCUUUGAAGAGGAAGAGGAAGAGGAAGAAAAAGAAGAAGAGGCUGGACAGGAGAAAGAAGUGAAGUCAAUCCUCAAAACAGACAGGCAUGUGGCAGAUGAUGGCUACAAAGCUGUGUGGUUUAAGACUGAUGUGGACCCCGAGGCUGGAGAGAGGGUUGAAGUGAUUGAGGACAAUGCAGCAGAUGAUGAUAAUGAUGAUGAUGACAGUGACCAAGGUGUGCAGAACAAUGAGGAGGAAGAAGGUUCUGGCAUAGAUGGUCACCACCAAGGGCUGGGAGUGUCCUUUUCCUCAGAGAACUCGUCACUCCCAGCAGCAGAGGUGACAGGUGAGGAAGCCAAGGCUGGCGAGGAGGAGGAUGAGGAGGUGUGGGAGGAUGGAGACAGCGGCCACCAAAGGCUGGGGAAGGCCCAGCUCCAGGCAUAG